GUUAGUACAACAUGGCUUUGUCAAGGUAUAUCAGAAGUAUUUUAAUUGUUUUAUAUUUCAACGUAAAAUUAUCCAAUGGAAACUUGUCAGUUUUUAAUCAAGCAGUAAUAGAAAGGCUCCAUGAUGUUAAAUCACACGCUGGAUUAGAUGACAAGGAGUUUCACGAGUUUCUCGUCCAUAAAGCCGUGCAUGGUAAAGACGAUUUGAUUGAUCGACGUGAAGGUUUGAACAUCUCGUGCUCUUUCAAUGUGACCGAAUGCAGUUUAUUUCUGGAGGAAAACUGUCUGAGUUCUUCGACGUUGACAUCGUUAGGAACACCAGAAUACUCAUUAAGUGACUGGUUUCCGUCGGUGGUGUACCAGCUCGUGCAAAGCAAGUGCAAGCGGAGCCGUACAAAGAAGUACACUGUACCAUCUUCAGCACAAGCAUGGGGUUACGGUAUAGGUUUUGUGACACUUAUUUGUAUCGUGUCGAACGUUGGUGCUUUCUUCACCCCAAUCAUGGACCACCGCUACUUCCAGCGGGUGCUGUUGUAUUGUGUGGCGCUCGCUGUAGGCACAUUGGCGUCCACCGGGCUUCUGGUUCUCAUUCCAGAGUCCAUGCAUUUGACAGAAAAGGAGUCCCCUGUCCCAGACUACCACCUUAAAAUGGCGACCGUUCUUGGUGGACUGUAUUUCUUCUAUAUAGCAGAGAAAUUUCUAAAACUAUGGUUUAAUCGCUCAAAGGACGUGAAAGCGGAAGAGGAUGAACUUGAAAGCAUCUCUUCGAAACAUGCGGUGGAUGUUGAAAGGAAUGGGGAUGUCACAGAAAAAGAAAAAGAAAUAAAAACUGUAGAAAGAAGCAAAUCAGUCAUCGUGAGAACUAACAAAAUCAGUACAGUUGCCCUCAUGAUAAUGAUUGGGGAUGCUCUACACAACUUUGUGGACGGGAUCUCCAUCGGAGCUGCGUUUACUGAAAACACGUUCCUCGGGAUAAGUGUGUCACUCGCUAUCAUCUGCGAGGAGCUUCCCCAUGAACUAGGUGAUAUUGCCAUCCUACUUCAUUCUGGUUUAACAAUGAAGAGGUCACUAUUUUACAACUUUCUGGCGGCCACAACCUGCUACAUCGGCCUGGUCAUUGGAAUCUUGCUUGGAGAGAACACAGACGCAAACAUGUGGAUAUUUGCAAUCGCAGGGGGCAUGUUUGUUUACAUAUCCUUAGUCGAUAUGAUACCUGAAAUGGGGGACCAAGUGCGUCAUGUUGUUGAAAAUGGUAUCGAAUCCGUUUGGACCGCUUUGUUCAUCCAAAAUCUAGGCCUUUUGAGUGGCUUCGUCAUUAUCUUCAUACUUGUGUUAUAUGGUGGAAAUAUCGAAGUCUGAUCAUUGAAUGGAAUAGUUAACGAUUAGGUUUGAAUGGUCCAUGGUAAUAUUCAAGAAUACCGCAACACAACGUUCGUUUAGAUGUUCAGAUUAAAACUUUGACGUGUCCAUAUGAGAAAGUUCUUCCUUGGUUUUUCGCAACAUUUUGGUUGGAUGUCGGUCAAUGAUGUGCAUAUGAACAACUCGGAAAUAAUAACCAUAUACAUUAUCCAGCGCCUUGUAUAAAGCAAGUGUCAGCUCUGGCAAGAAAUAAUAUUUAAAAAUAUGCCUUUAUUUAAAUUAAAUCGGUUCAAAAGUAUUAGAAGUGAAUCACCAUUAGCAACGUCGGCGUCGUUCCAUGUUCUUGACUAAUCCCUUAUUGAGUGUUUCUUAUGAUGUUUUUCCCAAAUGGUCAUAAGGUUGAUGAGAAAAAUGUAUCAACAAAGGCCAAUGCAAGUGGUUAUAUACUGUUUUUCUUUUGGGGUAUGGGUCUUGCCUAAUUAGAUCAUUUGUUUCAUGAUAUUUAAUUGAUUUUUAGAAAUGGAUUGAUUCACAGAAAAAUGUCUUUAUAUAUAUUACUAAAGAUUCCUAUAGUUUUGGUACCGUUUUAACAUGCAAUGCGAGUGUUCACUGGACACAUUUCUUGUUAAAAUAUUAUCAACAAUCCUUUACAACCGUGAGAUACUUCCCGACAUUUUAUUCUGUAUUCAGAUGAAAACAUUAAGACUGUCUUGGAGUGUCUUCCCGAGGAGGGAUGCAUUAGCCAUGCCUACAGGAAAAACAAAAGCAACAAUAUACGUUAAUUGUAAUAACGACUGUAUAUAGAUAAUGUAAUACAUGUAUACACCGAA